AUCGGCUUUGUUAAACGCACAUUAAACACUGACAGGGAAAGCGCUGCUUUGUCGUUCACUAAGUCGGGAGGCAGAGCAACAGAGUGAGAGAAGGAGCCACAGAGGGGGGCAGGCGACUUUCUCUGAAGUUGAAGCCACAAUUUCGCCAGUUUAACUGCCAGAGGAAGAGAGGAGCCGACAACUCUUUUUUUGGAUUUGUCAAACGAGAGGGGGAACACAUACACGGGUUACGUGUAUGGUCAGAAGCUCCCGAGUUAACCUUAAAUGAACAAAAGUUGAAGUUCGGCGUCGUGGCAGUCGGUAAAUGUUGUGACAUUUUAGGAGAGCAUAAAUUGCUCCAGCGGUCGACGGUCGAGUGGCGGGGUAAAACCCGAGCUGUCAAACCCCGAUGACUACUGCAAACUGCCCCGGGAAUGAGGAGCUGGACUUCAGACUGAUCUUCGGAGAGGACGAGCAGCAGCAGCCGCUAGGCCCCACAGAUCUGGAGCCUGAUGACAACACAUCGUUCUAUAUCCUAAAUGUGGGCCAGUCCCAGUCUAUGGUUACUAACCACCAGUCUAUUGGCCUGCCUCGUCAUGGCAUGCAGUCCCACUCCCAAGUCAUCAGCACUUCCCCACGCCUUCAGUCACACAAACCAGGAUCUGAGCCCCCGAGCUAUGAGGCACAACACAAGUAUGGCACCUCCCCCCUGCUGCCCUCUGCUCCCGUGGAGGCACCAAAAGCCUUUGAGUGCCCCAGUAUUCAGAUCACCUCUAUCUCCCCUAGCUGCCAGCAGGAGAUGGAUGGCAACGAGGAAGAUCUGAGGGCAAAUGGCCCUGAUGGGGACUACCACAGCGACAGACCCUUGUCCAGAGACCACCUGUAUUUACGCCUGGACCACUCAUACCGGGACUCUUCGCUCAGCCCCAGCCCGUGCAGCAGCCUCUCCUCUAGGAGCUGGUUCUCUGACGCAUCUUCCUGUGAAUCCUUCUCACACGUAUAUGACGAUGUUGACUCCGAGCUAAACGAAGCUGCUGCCCGCUUCACCCUGGGCUCCCCACUUACUUCUCCAGGCUGUGCCUCCCCUCAAACCGGUGGUGGGGUUUUGGAGGAACAGCCCCACUGGCAGCACCAUCACCCCGCCUUCAUCCACCACUCCCACUCCAUCAGCCUGUCACCCCGACAGUCUCCCUGCCACUCGCCACGCACCAGUGUCACUGAUGAAAAUUGGCUUAGCCCACGGCCACCUUCCAGGCCCUCCUCACGUCCCACAUCACCCUGCGGGAAGAGGCGCCACUCUAGUGCCGACAUCUGUUACCCAGGCUCUGUGUCACCACAUCACUCACCCACACCCACGCCAGGACCUUCACCCAGGGGCAGCGUGACAGAGGACACCUGGGCUGGUAGUCCCUCUGUAGGCAUGUCGCCCUUCCAGUGCUGCCCAUCUGAAGCAGACAUCCCAUCUAAGACCAGGAAGACCUCACAAGACAGAACAGCUAUGCAGACUGGGAAAGGUGACCUGGGGCUAGAUGACCAAGGGAAUAUGUCCCCUAAUCUAGACUCUCCUUCAGAUGAGGCCAUGCACAGCCUGAAGAAGGACGGGCCUGGGGAACAGUUCCUCUCUGUGCCCUCCCAUUUCUCAUGGAAUAAACCCAAGCCUGGUCAUACACCUAUAUUCAGGACCUCCUCGCUUCCUCCUCUAGAUUGGCCGCUGCCAAGUCAGUUUGGCCAGUAUGAUCUGAAGAUAGAGCUUCAACCCAAAGCCCACCAUCGAGCACACUAUGAGACUGAGGGCAGCCGAGGAGCUGUCAAAGCAUCAUCAGGUGGCCACCCAGUCGUCAAGCUCAUUGGCUACAGUGAGAAGCCUGUCAACCUGCAGAUGUUCAUUGGAACAGCAGAUGACCGUUACUUGAGGCCGCACGCCUUCUACCAGGUGCACAGGAUCACCGGGAAAACCGUAGCCACGGCCAGCCAAGAAGUUUUGAUCUCCAGCACCAAAGUUCUCGAAAUUCCUCUCCUGCCCGAAAACAACAUGUCAGCCAGUAUUGACUGUGCUGGCAUCCUUAAGCUACGGAACUCAGACAUUGAGCUGCGGAAAGGGGAGACGGAUAUAGGAAGAAAGAACACACGGGUCCGUGUGGUGUUCAGAGUUCACAUCCCUCAACCCAAUGGGAAGGUGCUGUCGCUGCAGGCUGCCUCCAUUCCUGUAGAGUGCUCCCAGCGUUCAGCUCAAGAGCUGCCCCAGGUGGAGAAAUCCAGCCUGAGCAGCUGUCUGGUCAGUGGGGGAGAAGAGAUGGCCAUCACUGGGUCAAACUUCUUCCCAGAGUCCAAGGUCAUCUUCCUGGAGAAAGGCCCUGAUGGACGUCCACAAUGGGAAGUGGAGGCAAAAAUAAUCCGUGAGAAAACUCAAGGAUCGUGUAUUGUGGUGGAGGUUCCUCCUUACCACAGUAAGACUGUGGGCUCAGCUGUGCAGGUGCACUUUUAUGUCUGCAAUGGCAAGCGGAAAAGGAGCCAAUCGCAACGCUUCACUUACCUUUCAGUCAUGGUAAAACAGGAGCACAGAGAAGAGCUGGACCUUGCUGCAGUACCCCCUAUGUCCAUGCCCCUGGCACAUGCUGCCAGUCUGGUGCGCACCCAGCUGCCUUCUCCUGAGCAGGGCCACCCAUCGGACAACCUUCUGUCCAGCUCCCCUCACGGCCUGGCCACGGGCUCCGGACCUGGCCUGCUACCCCUGCAGGCCCCUUGCCCCUCCCUGGGCUCCCCGUCUUUCCAGCACCUGCCUCACCUCCAGGGUCACAGUUUGCACCACCCCCCUGCAGAUUGCCACAUGACGUUCCACCCGAGCUCUGCUCCUGCUCCUUCCAGGCCCUCCUACCAGCCUAUGCAGCACAGCCAGAGUCACGGCCAUAGCCUGCCCUUCAACAGCCAGUCCAACUUUCCUCCUCAGGGCUAUGAGAGGAUACCCUUUCAGCAGAGCCCCAGUGCAGCGUCACACCCGAUGACCAUGGGGAUGAUGUACCCCAGCUCCCCUUGCUCCUCACCAUCAGCUCCCUCCUCUUCAGCCACCAACCCCAUUGUUGGAUCUCCCCAGAGCCAGCAACCCCUGCUCGCCCCCUCAUCCCCACACCUUCAUACACUUGGAGGUUUCCACUGUUCCCCAAAUCCCACCCAGAUGCCCUCUCCCGGUGGCCACCCACUUGUAGGGCAGCACCCCACCCAGCUGCAGAGGGCCAUGGGCUACCACCCGGUAAGUCAAAGGUCAGCCUCCUGCCCCACACCAUCCAGCGCCCCUCCUCCACGGAUGAUCCCCUCUCCCCACUCUGGGCCUUCCUCCCCUCAGCUCCACUCGCUGCCCUACCAGUCUCCCACCUCAUCCUCCCCCACCUCAGGCGGCAGUCCUCUCGGGCCCCUCCAACAGCAGCAUUCAGGACAGCCUUCUCCCCAGGCCACAAGCCCUGUCAUGGUCAGCCUGUCCCCGGUAGCAGCAGGGCCUUUGGUUCACCCUCUAAGCCCACAGCGGCCCUUCCCCUCAGACGGGGAGAGGCUGAACAUCAAACAGGAACCGGAGGAUAGGGAGCCCACUUUCCGCUCCAUUGGCCUGCAGGACAUCACACUGGAUGAUGUGAAUGAGAUCAUCGGCAGAGACAUGUCCCAGUCCCCCAGUGCUCACGGUCCUCCGUCAGCACAGAACCAGUCGUAGCUCAGCCCUCACUCAGGCCGGCUGCCCCUUCCAGCUCUGUACUCCCACCACGGCUGUGUCACAGACCGCGCUCCAGGUCCUGGUCCUGUGUAACGUGACAAGAGGGUAGGAAGAGAAUAGACUGUGGUCUGAAGACAGAAUACAGUUUGAGAUUCUGUAAAAGUGGAUCUGCUAGACCCCCACACAACCUGACAAGACGACGCCCGCAUUUGUCUCUUUACAAAGCGGAACAUCUUUUGUAGAGAUAUAGAACCAAAUUUCACAACUUCACGCAAAUGAAAUUGAAAAGCGAGCAGGAGAAUUCCAUGUUGCUUUCUCUCUCUCCGCUGAUUAGAGCUGUCUGUUAGUUCUCAGGCCUGUGCUCACAUGUUAAGAUGGGACUCACAACCUUAUAGGUGACGCCUAAAAGCACUGCUGUCUUCCUGACCAAUCAGCUCUCUCUGUGAGUCUGGAGCGCUCAUGUUUUGAAUAACGUUUUUUGUAGCGGAGACAAUUCAACAGUGUAUUGUCCUCCCCCUUCUCACCAGCAUUGACCUUCAUGAAUGAAGACCUCUCGAGACAUGUAGGAUUAGGAGAGACUAAGGAGUGCACAGUGCUCUCACAGAUAGCGAGAAAAAGGUUGUUUCACUACUCUGUGGUCAUUUAAUAAGCAGUGGGUUUGUAAAAGUGUGUACCAAAUUCAAAUCAAACCCUCCUGAAUGAUCAGAAUCUAAAUUUUCAGUAAAAUCUUUCAGAAAAGUUUAGAGUGAACUUUCCUGUCAUGCUAACACAGAAAAAAAAACAUCAUCUCCCUGUUUUUUCGUUCAUGGCUCAGUGAUGAAGUCACUGUCCACUCCUUGUUUUUUUCCCCCUUUAAAUUUAAAAACCAUUCAGGUCUGGAGCGCAUUGUCCUGGCAAGGAGGAGACGCUCCUCUGGUGCUGGUCUGGGAUCCGCAACCUGCAACAUUCCACAACUUUUAGUAACCUUGCAGCCGUGUAGAUAUCUGUACAUGAACUUGCUCUCUUCUCUUCUCUCCUCUCUUUUAUCUGUUUGUGCUCCUUCUACUGUGCUUCUUUAUCUUCUUCAAGUUGAACAAAUGCCUUAUUAACAUUUAGCAGCUUUGAAUGGUAGCAAAAGCUUUUUGUUGUUGUUUUGCACAGCUGGCUUUGAGUUUGACUUUUUUUUAAGGAAACAGAUGAGUGACUUGGGUCAUGUGGACGGGAUUUCAUGAAUCCUCGUGGUUUAGAUGCAAGUGGGACGUGCAGGAUUCAGGACUGAGACGGCCCUCCUGAUCAUUUUCAUUCAAAGAUAUAUGUGAAGACGCCCCGUUAAUUCUAUGUUACAAAGAAGUGUUUUUAUUGAUCUACAGAGACAGACAACUCUGUGCCUCUUCAAUUCUCAUGCAAUAACCCCCCAAAUCUCCCAGGGGCCCUUGUGUGCCUUCUAUUUCCCGACAGCCACCAGCCUAGGUGACGUGCACUGGGAAAUAAUCUGACAAAUAGUUUAAAAGUGUUUUCAAUACAUUUCAAUACAUUUCAGCUACACUUACGUAUUGCCCCCCCCACCCACCCACACACACACAAACACACACACACACACAUUGGGAUGUAACAGGACUUUCCACAUCCCCUUUUUGCAGUAAUCAAUGUUCACUGUUCACAAUCAGAGACGAGGAUGUAUUGAUGUAUUUGUCCUAUUCUGACAGAUAUGCAGUGCCUGUAUGGCAGCAAUAACAGAGUCUCAAGGAAAGUUGGCCCAGUGACGUGUUUUUAGGUGUGUUUGUGUCAUUCUGGUUGGAAGAUUUCCAUUGGCUUGUUUGCCUUAUGCUCCUGCAUGUGAGAGCUGAAGGAAUGUUGCUUAUGACGGUUUUAGGUCAGUUUCCAGGUGAAAAUGAUUCUGCUAUGCAUUAAAGUUCUGCCUGAUGCCUUUAAAAUGAGAAAAAAAGACAAAAAAGACCUCGAUGCCUAUAGAAGUAGACUGUAGACUUGUUGUAGAUGCUUGAUUGAUUUGUGUUAGCAUCCGGAAUUUGUCCAUCAGCCAAUCUGCCUUGUCAAGGACGCAGUGCAAGCAUCUUAAUAGGUUUUGUGUGUGUGUGUGUGUGUGUGUGUGUGUGUGUGUGUGUGUGUGUGUCUGUGUGUGUGUGUGUGUGUGUCUGUGUGUGUGUGUGUGUGUGUGUGUAUGUGUGUGUGUGUGUGUGUGUGUGUGUGUGUGUGUGUGUGUGUGUGUGUCUGUGUGUGUGUCUGUGUGUGUGUCUGUGUGUGUAUGUGUAUGUGUGUGUGUAUGUGUGUGUGUAUGUGUGUGUGUAUGUGUAUGUGUAUGUGUAUGUGUAUGUGUAUGUGUAUGUGUGUAUGUGUGUGUGUGUGUGUGUGGAUGGUGUUUGUACCAAAUAUUCUGUACAGAAGACGAGAAUUUUGAGAGUCCUAUUUUCAACAACAGAAGCACACGUGUAUUUAGGCUAUGCAAACUGUAACAGCGGCAAAUGUGAGAUACAACAUUUAAAUAUGACAAAAUGAGAUUAUAAAUGUAAUAUUGCUUAUGAACUUCACAGAGCGGAAAGAAAAAAAUAAACAUUCAGAUAGUGAGAGUAUGUCACUAUGUAAACUAUUAGGAUGCCUUAACUCUUGUUUGACAACCAAUUUGUCAGUGUGUCUGUAUGCUGUUCUGGGUUGAUGAUUUUCUUUUUUGUCCAUGACUAAGACAUAAGUCAGUAACUAUUAUUAUUUUUUGUUUGUUUUUUUGGGAGGGGGGCACAGUGUGGACAUUGAAGGUUGGGUGCGAGAAGGGAGAUGGAUAUUUGAAUAUAAAGCUGGUUUUGCAGCUUGAAAGACUUGUCAACAAAAAAAACAAAAACAAAACCAGCAUUCACAGUAAACUCUGGCUGCCGUCUUCUUCAGUCACAACCAAAGACCGAACAAUAUGUUCCCAUUUUACAUUAUGGUAAAGCAACAGAGACUGUACAACUCUAUUUUUGAUACUUUGAAAUGGAUGUCAUUCCUAAAGGAGGUUGGGGACAUGUAUGAGUGUUGAAUAUAUGUAUAUAUCUAUAUCUAUAUAAAUAUAGAUAUAGAUAUAUAUUAUAUGAAAUGUUUUGUAAAAUAAAAGGGAAAUACAGGUUUAGCUGAUGUUUACCGAGCCUUGUAUUGUCAUUUCUUGUAUAUUUUGUAUGUUAAAAUGUUUUGUAAUUUUUAAGACUGCAGUGCUUUUUGAAGUUAUUCAAAGGGAAUACCUUGCAUCAUACCGUAGGCUCUAAAGUAGUGUAUAUCAAUAAAACAGAAAACUCAA